AUGGCUAAAGGUGUACAUGCUAUUGGUUUCAUCACUUAUCUAGUGAUCUUCUUGAUUUUGACAGUAGGCAUAUCAAGAGUGAAGAGUAAGAAGCCACCAUGCAAAGAGGGUCGAACCGCAUACGUAUCGCCUGGUCCUUGUAGUGACAGUCUAUGCACACAAGACUGCACCCUUGCUGGUGUUUAUAGCAAGGGGAAAUGUGCAAUUGAGAAGUCAAAACCAGUUUGCAAAUGUUAUGGAUGCAAAAAGGCGUAG